UGACAAGCUGCCGAGGCCAAACCUCGUCUUGCUCAAGCUCUUGCUCUCUCUGCUCCACCACAUCAGCCAAAAUGCUGAGACCAACAGGAUGGACUCCAGCAACCUGGCCAUCUGCAUUGGCCCAAAUAUGCUGAGCCCAGGCACGGAGAGCACGCUCCCGCUGGAAGUGCAGAAGGAGAUGAAUGACAAGGUGACAGUGCUGGUGGAGUUCCUCAUAAACAACUGCUUGGAAAUAUUUGAGGGGGACAUUGCCUUCCCUGCCUGUGCCUUGGCUGAGGAGUCACCAGAGCACACAGACAGCUCCACAGGUAUGAGAAGGGACUGGGGAUGUCACCAACUUGGGCUGCUGGGCCACAUUAUUGAAUUUGAUAUGUGA